ACUUCUGUUGGUGAGACUCGAAAACAUAACAAUCAAUGAAAUGCUAAGAAAGACAGCUUUAUUGACCGAGAAAUGUUUUGAAGAAGCCAUGGAAACAGUUUGAUUUGCCGAGGACGGCGACUGUUGAGUUUGGAAUACCAAUAAAAUCUUUACAACACCAUAUGAGUUCUAGAAAUAUUGUGGAUCAAAGCCUUAGGGAUACAAUCAUCAAGUUGACGGAUAUUGAUAUCUCGUUAUGUCCAUAACUUAAUCACAACUGUUGUACACUGGAUGGGAUCUAAAGUUAAUGAUGUUUGAGGAAUGUUUCGGAAACGGGCCAUUCAUCUUCAGAAUCAACGAAAAUGGCGGGGGACCGAUGCUUUUGAUGCAGGUCUGUCUAGAAAGAGGUUGGCGAGAGUAUAACGGUGAUACUGAAAGCUGGAAUCUGUGGUGGAGAACUUCGGGGUUUCCUAUCAGCCACCAUAGAAAUCUAUAUGCUUGGCAGUAUAUCAAUCACAUUCCAAAAGGAUCUUCAAUAUGUAGGAAAGACAAUCUAGUAAGAUAUUUAAGGUGUAUGAGGAAAGUAUAUGGUUCCAUAUAUGAUUUCAGCCCACAUGGAUAUAAUUUACCCUUAGAAUAUACAAAAUUAGCAGCCGAAUGCAGUAGAGCAAGAUCGCAUAGUAAAGAUGAUGUGAAAUACUUUGAAGACAAACCAAUUUGGAUAUGCAAACCCGUGGCUCAGAGCCAAGGACGAGGAAUAUUUUUAUUCAGGAAGCUUAGUGAGUUAAACUACGAUACUAACACAAUAGUUCAACGAUACAUCGAAAAGCCUCUAUUAAUCGGAGGCUACAAGUUUGAUUUAAGACUGUACGUAUGCAUUCCUUCAUACCAUCCCGUUACUAUCUACAUGUACAGAGAAGGUCUAGCAAGAUUUGGUACUGAUAAAUUUAGUCUCAAUGAUCUUAGAAACCCGUUUAGACACUUGACGAAUUCUUCCAUUAAUAAAUUGGGGCCUGGAUAUACCGAAAUGAAAGACCGAGUUGGUUCAGGUUGUAAGUGGACUUUACGCCAGCUUAGGAGAUACUUUCAGCAAGCAGGAAUUCUAGAUUGGUUAUUAUGGCAACGAAUCACAUCCUUGGUUAUACUAACAGUCUUAAGUCAUGUUAAUCAAAUUCCACCGACCGUUAAUUGUUUCGAAUUUUUUGGUUUCGAUGUACUCAUCGACAGUUCUCUACGGCCUUGGUUGUUAGAGGUAAACCUAAGUCCUGCCCUUAGUAAUGAUUGUGAUGCAGAUAGAUUAGUGAAAAAGCCCAUGCUUCAUGACAUGUUCGAUUUACUGGGAUUACCAUUAUACAAUACAGGACUGGCUGUUUUUGAUAUAUUUUCCGAUGAACCGGUUGAUGACAGGAAUACGGAUCAAGAAAAUAAAAAUAUGUCUUUGAUAAAUACAAUAUCAGUGGUAAACGCAGCAGGUAGGUGGAGAAGAAAACAAAAAAAAAUGUCUGCGACAUGUUCUAGAUCCAGUUCUGCUAUACGAGUAAAAAGUAGAGCAGCAUCUGCCAAUAGUUCUCAAAGAACUUACAUAACAUUGCCAAAAGUUCACGUAGAUGUUCGUGCAGUAACUUCACCCGUGCAUAAUGGAAAUACUAAACAGGGCUGUGAUGAUUACAAAAAACCAGAAUCAAAAUCUUGGGGAAAUGGAAGAGAUUGGAAUUACCCCAAAUCACGUGAAGGUGGAUGGAUUCGUAUUUGGCCAUUUUCCUUAGAAACUCCCAAUAAAAAUAGUACUUAUGGCAAUAAUGGACACAUGAAAAAUAUGGUUAAUGAAGUUAUAAAAUUCACGAAAAAAGCCAAAGAAUUGGCCAGAAAACAUUCUAUGGCUUCCGAAUGUCAGCUUAGCGAAUAUCUACAGGCAGACAUGGAGAUGACUGGGGAUAUAUGGAUUCCUCCAGUUUAGAAAUUCUGCUUAAAAUUUUAGUCUAUAAAAUGUAUACAAAAUUCAACUUAAUGUGAUGGUAAAUCAUAGAUAAGAGAAUUUAUCGUAGAUUUCUCGAAUUUCAUUGUCUUAAGUUCAUGCAGGGAGUCUAUAUGAUAAGGUACCACCGUCUAUAUUUCGACUCCUAUAAAAAAAUUAGAAAAUAUGGAAAACUGUGUCAUACUAUUUUUUAGAGAGAGAGAAAGAGAGUUGGUUUUCGGUUUGCAACUCAUCAACUGUCUAGUGAUGAUGAGCACAACCCUUCAAAUGCCAUAAUUAGGAAUAGGAUAAUAAUUUAUUUAAAAGAUCGUUUAGCUAGUCCCUUAAAACAUAUUUCAUGUAUCAAAUGAUUUGUACUAGAACAAAAUUAAUAGAAGGUGAGUUAUGUUUGAGACGUUUUCCAGUAUAUCGAUGGUAAUAGAGUCACCUCUCAAUCUCCUCUAUAACAUGAAACCUCUACAUGGAGCUGAUAUUUUUCAUAUAAAUCUUUAAAACUGCGAUGCUGUGUUUAAUAAUAACCUACCAGGGCUGCUUUCUAAAUUUGUAUAACAAAUGAAACAGAAGCUAACAAGUUCGAAACAAAGUAUUUAAUAACUUUUCUCAAUAUGAAGUUAAUAUGUUUUUGCAUACGAUCAAACCAAUUCUGGAAAUAUUUUUCCACUCUUAGAUCAUAGGAUAUAAUUCUGAAAGUCUUCGACAGCUUCUUUAGUUGAUGAGAAUCGCUGUGUGCGCAUUUUUUCUUUGACAGUAGAGAACAGGAAAAAGUCAUUAGGAGAUAAAUCAGGUGUAUAUGAUCAAUCAUACUGUCGAACAUCGUGUUACUUACAUAAGGAAACUAUUUAAUAUCUUAUCAAAUAAAAACAAAAAUAUUAAAUAGUGCAAAGUGGCCACCUUGCAUUUCCACACACUUCUGGAGUCUACGGAGGAUAUUUCUUUGAAAUUGGAAGGGCAUUCCAAGAUUUUGCCUUAUAGAAUGGAAGUGAAUUGUAUCGAUCAUUUCGUUCCUUGUGUUUACCGGUGUUGCAUAUACCAACGAAUCCAUUGUAUUUAAUUCAUGGAAACGUAAAGGCCAUGCAAAUGGAUCACCCCAACCAAUCCACCCAUUGGGAAAAAUGUUAUUAAGAUAAUUUUUCACAUAAUUUACGAAGUGGAGAGAGAGGCUCCACAUACUAUUAAAAGACAUGUCAAAAAAUAGACCACUGGAUGGAGUAAUAGAAGACUACAAGCCGAUAAGUACAAUUAUUACCAAAGAUGUCCAAAUAUUGGUAUACGCAGAUUAUCUGACGAUAAUAACGAGUGUAUAAAUCCUGAAGGAAACAAUCUUGAAGAUCGAACAAGAGGCUAGCGAUAGGGAAAUAUAUAUUCGAGGGAAUUAACAAUUCCAAAUACUUAGGAAUAACUGUUUUUCAACCAGAAUGAACGAUGAGAGGAAAUCACUCGAAGGAUCCACGGUCUAUGCAAAAAAAUUAGUGGAUAUACCAAAAUGAAAAUUUACAGAACAGUAUAAGAAUGAGGCCUACAGUAACCUAUGGAGGAGAAACGAUGAAUUUAACAAAAGCUGAUGAAGAAAAAUGAUACGAAGAUUAUAUGGACCAAAAAAGCUAGGUGACGGACAAUAUAGAAUCUUUAUGAACACUGAAAUUAGAAAAAUCUUUAAUGGAGAAACUAUUACCAUAUUUAUGAAAUCGCAGCGAAUAAGAUGGCAAGGAUACAUAUAAAGAAUGAAAAAUAAUAGUAAAGUUAAAAGAAUAACAGAAUGGUAGCCCUUAAGUAACCGGCUCAGAAAAAGACGUAACAAUUGAUAUAAACAAAUUGGGAGCCCAUGAUUAUUGAAUGUUCAGCUGAUUAUUCAUAUAACUUCAUUUUUCUAAUUUGGUAUCUAAAAUAACAAUACCAAUGGGAUGAUCCAUUGUUCACCCACUAUUGUGUAAAGUGAGUCAAUUCUACUUUCUCAAAUCUCAUUCAGUUCGCUCUCCAUUAUUAGUACUAAGUGCAUUAAGAUUAUUCUUCCAGCUGAAUACUUAUUCAAUACCGAAACUAUUAGGAAUUAAAACAACGUAAUCCGGUGAGCCUAUGUUAUAAAAGAAAAUUUGGAACAACUAAAAUGGUUUGGUCAAUAAA